UUCUCUCGAGUUUCGACUUCCGACUUUCCUAAUUUCCGAUUCUCUGCUAUUUUCUAAUCUCUAAAUUCUGCGAAAACUUUUAUGACGAUAUUUCAUAAUUUUAUAUUUCAGUUCAUCUGUCAAUAAACAUUUAAUUACAUUACACACAAGCUGAAACGUUAUUUAUUGAUAUUUUCUUAAAAACGCUUGUUGUCAAUCAUUCGUUAAAAAAUGUCUGCUAAAAUUGUUCAAAAUAUGUUAAAAAGUGCACCAUUCAGCCGCCUGUAUAUGUCCCAAAUAAGAAGUAAGGCAACAUUACCCUGUUUAAAGUUUGAAUAUAAAGACUUAGAACCAAUCAUAUCACGGGAUAUCAUGGAAAUUCACCACCAAAAACAUCACAACACUUAUGUAGUAAACUACAAUAAUACUCUAGAUAAAUUACAGACUGCUGUAGCAAAAGAUGAUACAGCAGCAAUCAUAAGCUUGUCACCUGCACUUAAAUUCAAUGGCGGUGGUCAUAUUAAUCAUUCUAUUUUCUGGGAUACCCUUACACCUCAUUCGACUAAACCUUCUGAUGAUUUGAACAAGGCUUUAAUCCAAAACUUUGGUUCUUGUGAUGAGUUUAAGAAACAACUAGCUACAGCUUCUAUUGCUGUACAAGGUUCAGGAUGGGGUUGGCUUGGGUUUAAUCCUCAAACCAAGAAGUUGGCAGUCAUAAGUUGUGCAAAUCAAGAUCCACUGUUUCCCACCACUGGACUGAUUCCUUUGUUUGGGAUUGAUGUUUGGGAACAUGCUUACUACUUGCAGUAUAAAAAUGUACGCGCUGAUUACGUAAAUGCAAUUUUUGAAGUUGUUGAUUGGGAUGCUGUGUCCAAACGUUUUUCUGAAGCUUCUAUUUAAUAAUUAUUUCAACUGGCUAGUUCUCAUUAAGAAUAUAUUUAAGUUUGAAUAAUUAAAUAUUAUAUAGAUUUAUAUUUGUAUUCCUGUAAACUCUGUUAAUUAAAAUAAAUGCACAGUUUGAAUUUUAUCAGCUAAAAUUAAAAAGUAUAACUUUUCAGUAAAAAAACUGGCUUUAAUAUUAUAUUAUAUAUUAUAUAAUAAUUUUACUACAAUCUAGUAAACUCAGUUACUUCAUUUUGGAUUGUUAUAAGUGUUAUUUGAAUAUUAAAGGCUUUAGAGUAAUCAUUGUUGAUAAUAAUAAUAUCACAAUUCAUUUUAACAAAUUUUUUUAUACCUAAUUUAUCUAUUCAAUUGAAAUAUGAUAUUGCUGUAUUUUAUCAAUCACAAUAAUACAUUUCUAAAUACUCCCCCUGUACCUAUAUUGUAUCAUAUUGUUGCGUAAAAUUGCAUUCGUGACAAUAAAAAUAUAUUUUUAGGA